UUACAGAUUAGUCCGCAGCUGCAGCUGAUUUUUCUCAUAUCGCCUUGAUGACGGCAUGUAUGGGUGUGUUUCGUUCGCAGAGGCUCAGUGACACUUGUGAUUUUCUCUAGACGCGCGCACCGGGACUUCUCGCACGCUAGUUUGACAGUUGCAGGGUCAUGCAGAGCGUCAUUAACACCGUGAAAGGCACGGCUCUCGGCUUCGCCGACAAGCUUACGCCGAUCCUCAAGGAAUCGAAGUUUAAGGAAACUGGGGUCAUCACACCGGAAGAAUUUGUGCUUGCGGGAGACCACCUUGUGCACCACUGCCCAACUUGGCAAUGGUCAUCUGGUGAAGGCCUGCCAGCAAAGUCCUACUUGCCACCUGACAAGCAGUUCCUUGUCACUCGGAAUGUGCCAUGCUACAAGCGCUGCAAGCACAUGGAGUACAGCAUGGAGCAUGAGAAGGUGCUCGAGGAAGAGGGUGAUGAGGAUGGAGGCUGGGUCGACACUCAUCACUAUGCAGAUGCAGCAGCAUCGGGGCUAGCCGAGCAGGUUCAGGAGAUGACUCUUGAGCCGAGUAAACCUGCAUCAACGUUGACUGCAACCCAGAGGCUAGGCUGUGGGGAUGAUGACGAUGAUGACGACGGUGAUGAUGAAGAGGCUGCUGACAUGGAUGCCUUUGUGGAGAGUGGACUUCUGGAUGCGGAAGACACGGCAGCUGUUGUGAAGAAAGCCGAGGCAACAGACAAGUCUCUCAAUGCUGGAGGUGAGGGCGAACCUGGCUCUUUAGAUGGUGCCAUUGUGAGCACCCGCACCUACGACCUCAACAUCACCUAUGACAACUACUACCGCACUCCACGACUCUGGCUAUAUGGCUAUGAUGAGAACCGACAGCCUCUGAGCAUGGAGGCCAUGUAUGAGGACAUCAGCCAGGACCAUGCCAAAAAGACGGUCACCAUGGAAGCCCACCCUCAUUUGCCAGGACCUCCGAUGGCCUCUGUCCACCCUUGCAGGCAUGCUGAGGUGAUGAAGAAGAUAAUCCAGACUGUGACUGAAGGCGGCGGUGAACUGGGCGUCCACAUGUACCUGAUCGUGUUCCUUAAGUUUGUGCAAGCCGUCAUUCCUACCAUAGAGUACGACUACACCCAGAACUUCGCCAUGUGAUACUCGGGCACUUGAUGGAACCGUGCUCAUUUUAAAUUACUGUUUGGAAACUGCGGGGUACAGACAAUGCUCACUUUCUUUCUUUUUGUGAACCGUAUUCCCAUUGUUGCAGCAUAGGAGGGUGCAGCACUUCUGUGAACCUGCGCUUGCAGUAAAGCACUGCUGUGGAAGAUGCAUGUUUUGUCUCUACCUUGGUUGUAUUCUAUCAGUCUAGUUUGUGGCUCUCUAUAAAUGCAUGUGGUGGGCUUGGGCCAAUUUGUGUGGAAGAUCAUGGAGCAUCUCAAUGCACAGUUUUUGUAUCUGGAAAAUACCUACUUGAUCAGUUGUCUGUGCCCCCAAAAGUUCCUACUUUACUUUUGAAAGUGUUUUAAGGUAUUGUAUAAGGCGAUCGAGAGGUUGUUAUUGUAAAGUAUAACAAUGGCACAUUCGUUGCUGCAGCUUAUGAACUCUAAUAUACAGAUGCUAGUUGCACUCCAUUGCUCACUUGCCAGGAAGACAACAGAUUAGAAUGAACUUGUAGAAGAAAAUGUGAUAAACGGCGUUUAUCUCUACAAGCAAUCUUUUCUGAGAAUGGUUUGAUAUCUUCUUGUUGCAAAGUGCCCUCGUCUUUUUGCCUGUUGCAAGGGCAUGCAUCUUGCCUGCAAAAUCUAUUCACUGGCAAUUUUAGAAUUCUCACUGUGAUUUUUGGAAAUAAAGACAAUGAUGCAAAUGAA